UCGAAAGCCACUGGGGACGUAAGCUGUACAGCGCGAGUGUGGCACCACCACCCCCGCCGCCUCAUCAUCAUCCGCGAGCACCGUUGGUUUUCGCGCCUCAAGAUAUGAGGCAGAUACUGAAGGAGGAACCUGUGCCACGUGCUUGGCCGCAGCCCGCGCUCGCCGACAACGGAACAGUUGGCGUGGGCCGGGCGCAUUUCGAGAAACAACCACCGAGUAACCUGAGGAAGAGCAAUUUUUUCCAUUUCGUAAUCGCCCUUUAUGAUCGACAUGGCCAACCUAUUGAGAUCGAAAGGACGUCAUUCAUGGGCUUCGUCGAAAAGGAUCAGGAGUCUGAAGGCCAAAAGACGAACAAUGGUAUUCAGUACAGUCUACAUCUGCUUUAUUCUAAUGGUGUCAGGCAAGUGCAGGAUAUCUACGUCAGGCUAAUAGACUCUGCGACAAAACAAGCAAUCAUGUACGAGGGACAAGACAAAAAUCCGGAAAUGUGUCGUGUUCUAUUAACGCAUGAAGUCAUGUGCAGCCGAUGCUGCGAUAAGAAGAGCUGCGGUAACAGGAAUGAAACGCCCAGCGAUCCUGUCAUUAUCGAUCGAUUCUUCCUCAAGUUCUUUCUCAAGUGUAACCAAAACUGCCUCAAGAACGCUGGCAAUCCACGUGACAUGAGACGGUUCCAGGUGGUCAUAUCUACGCAAGUGGGAGUGGAAGGACCAUUACUAGCGGUCUCGGACAAUAUGUUCGUCCAUAACAACAGCAAGCACGGGCGCAGGGCGAAACGUUUGGACCCUAGUGAUCCUAGCGAGUACAAUAGUUUAUAUCCGCCAAUACCUCUCCAAACACCGUGCAUAAAAGCGAUAUCGCCUAAUGAAGGUUGGACGUCUGGUGGAUCUACCGUCAUAAUCAUCGGAGAAAAUUUCUUCGAUGGAUUGCAAGUAGUUUUUGGAUCAAUGCUAGUUUGGAGCGAGUUUAUCACUCCACACGCGAUCAAGGUGCAGGCACCGGCGCGACAAAUACCUGGAGUCGUUGACGUUACGUUACAUUACAAAAGCAAGCAAUUCUGUAAAGGAGCGCCUGGUAGAUUUGUUUAUGUUUCGGUAAACGAACCUACGAUCGACUACGGCUUCCAAAGGUUACAGAAACUCGUUCCGCGACACCCUGGUGACCCUGAAAAGCUUCCGAAGGAGAUAGUACUAAAGAGGGCGGCGGAUCUAGCGGAAGCCAUUUAUAGUAUGCCUAAGAGCGGAAACAUGGGGAUUGCGGGGGCACCCAGAAGUCCAGGUUCGGUGCAUGCACCCGCACCCCCCACAUCCAGUUCAGCAACAGCCUUUAAUUCGUACACGGGGCAACUUGCAGUGACGGUACAGGAAAAUGGUAGCGCGGCAAAAUGGACGGACGACGGUAGUUCCGUGACGACAGGAGCUGCUGCUGACGGCGGAGGCGGCGGCGGCGGCGGUGGUGGCAGCGGUGGUAGCGUCGGAACCAACGUCGGCGGUAGCGCCGAUGCCUAUAGACAAAGCAGCAGCGCAAGUCCACGUGGUGUCGUAACCGGUGGUGGUUAUUGCGGUAGUUCAGCCAGCACACCACACAGUCACAGUACUAACGGAAGUUAUUCUGUCGCCAAUCCGUAUACCGGCAGUCCAACUCUCUACACCUCACGACUAGGAGAGGUGGUCGGAUCACCAUUCAAUAUGAACCCAUUUAUGUUGCCCACCUGCAAUCAAGGAUACUCAGCCGCUGCCAGUCCGCUGCUUUCGUCAAAUGGCAAAUAGUGCUACGAGAUGUAAGCUCCGACGAGAAUGUCAUGAACCAUGAUCUGCGCGGAGAUGUUGUA